AUGAAGCUCCAUCACUUCCUUCUUCCUGCAGCGCUCACAGCUACUGUAGGCGCCCAAACCCUCAACAUUGUUGCACAUGAGGACGACGAUCUGCUCUUCUUCAGCCCCAAUCUUCUCGAUAAAAUCCAAUCUGGCCGGAGUGUGCGCACCGUCUUCCUUACCGCUGGAGACGCGGGCAAUGGUGCAGACUAUUGGACCUCUCGGCAGGAAGGGUCUAAAGCUGCAUACGCCCAAAUGAGCGGUGUUGAUAACACUUGGAUACAGUCAGACGCCGGCAUCCCAGGCUUCAGCAUCCCGUUGUUUACACUAGAGCACAAUCCCAUUAUCUCACUUGUCUUCCUUCAGCUCCCAGACGGGAACAACGGAGGAGAAGGCUUUGGAUCUGGAAGUCUGCAGCAACUGUGGGAAGGAACCAUACCCUCUCUGACUUCCUGGGGCGGAUCCUCAUACUCCAAGAACGCCUUGGUGGAUGUGCUGAGACAGCUGGCUGCUAACUUUGAACCCGACCACAUCAACACCCAGGACUUUGUUCAUGAUUAUGGAGACGGAGACCAUAGCGACCACCACACCACCGGUUAUUUCGUCCACGAAGCCUUUGCUGAUUGUGCCAGCGGAGCGUCGAUCACCAGUUACAUGGGCUAUCCUGUCGAGUCGCUUCCAGUUAACAUUGAUGAAGCGCUUCUUGAACAGAAGAAGGCAGUUUUCUAUACAUAUGGUGGUCAUGACAGGAACACAUGCCACAGUGAUGAGACCUGCAGCGGACGAGCUGAAGAGCUCUGGGUUCAAAGGGAAUAUGUUGUCACCGAAUUGGACCAAUCCACCUGCAGGGUAGCUAAGACCACAGCUCCGGUCUCUACCCCGGUCAUCCCUUCAGCAUCCCCCAUCUAUUCACGUAAAGUGAUUCCCACAGCCGCUGCAAGCAUGACAGCAUCUCUAUCCCCUGCUAUCCAAUCUGAGACCCCCUACGAACAGUUCACAGGAGAUUCUGCACGCGGUAUGGUCCUUUCUGGAGUAUUAUGUGUCUCUGCCGCUGUUUUGUCUGCUGUUUCCCUUCUUUAA